AUGGAAAGAAGGCCAUGGUGCUGGUAUUGUGGUGAAAGUGAUUUUUAUGAUGAAAAAAGUUUAAUCCAACAUCAAAAAGAAAUGCACUUUCAGUGCCCUCAUUGUAAAAAAAAGUGCAAUAUGGCGUGUGAACUGGCUGUUCAUGCCAAAAAACAUCACAAUAAAAUAUUUGACAAGUAA